AAUUCCUUACCCUCAGAGAUUAGCUAAAUCAAAAACCGAAGCGCAAUUUAAAAGAUUUGUAGAACUUCUGAAGCAAUUAAACAUAACCAUACCGUUCACAGAAGCCAUAACUGAGAUGCCUUCGUACGCUAAGUUCUUAAAAGAAAUCUUAUCAAACAAAAAGAAACUCGAGGAUAACGAAACUAUAACGCUUACCGCUGAAUGUAGCGCUAUCAUCCAAAAUAACAUGCCUCCAAAACUGAAAGACCCUGGUAGUUUCUCUAUACCCUGCGUAAUAGGAAAAACCAUCAUAGAGAAAGCCUUGUGCGAUUUAGGAGCUAGUGUUAGUUUGAUGCCUCUUUCGACCUGUAAGAAACUCAAUCUAGGUGAGCUUAAAGCAACGAGAAUGUCUCUUCAACUAGCUGACCGUUCAGUUAAAUACCCUGUAGGAAUGUUAGAGAAUAUCCCUGUUCGUGUAGGUCAAUUCUACAUCCCAACUGACUUCAUCAUUAUGGAUAUCCAAGAAGAUUCUAACAUCCCGAUCAUAUUAGGAAGACCAUUUUUAGCAACCGCUGGUGCAAUUAUAGAUGUAAAGCGAGGAAAGCUUACUUUCGAAGUAGGAGAAGAGAAAAUAGAAUUUAUCCUUUCCCAAUUCCUAAAAGCACCUUCUAUAAUUGACACAUGCUGUUCUGCUGACAUAAUCGACGAGUGUGUC